GAACUAGUAGCUCUAAUAAUUGUCUCUUUAUUUUCUUUUUUACUUACAAUAUCUUUCUCUCUCUCUCUCUCUAUAUAUAUUGAAAAAGAAAAAGAAAACCAGAAAAGAAAGCAAAAGCUGCUUCUAUUCUCAUUUCAUUCCCAUUCCCAUUCUCAUCAUUCCCACACAACACUCACUAUAUAAUAUUUUUAUCUUUUCCUCUCCUCACUUCUCUUCUUACUUUCUCUCACUCUCUCUCUUCCUUUACCAAAGCAAAACAAAACCAUAAUAUAACAACAAACAUUCUCCAAUGGCAUCACCAAAUCCAGUUUCUCUUCUAUUAUCAUCACUAACCAUUGUUAUCAUGGUAACAAUGAACGUGAAGGGUCAAGGAGUGAGUACUAGUACAAGUUGGUGUGUGGUGAGAAGUGAUGCAAGCUACAAUGUAUUACAAACAGCAUUGGAUUAUGCAUGUGGAGCAGGUGCUGACUGUCUUCCUCUUCAACCAGAUGGACUGUGUUUUCUUCCCAACACCAUUCAAGCUCAUGCUUCUUACGCAUUCAAUAGUUACUAUCAGAAAAGAGCUAGAGCACCUGGUUCUUGUGACUUUUCUGGAACCGCCACCAUUGCUCAAACAGAUCCAAGUUAUGGAUCUUGUGUGUACCCUUCUUCUACAAGUGGUGCUGGAGGAGCAAACACAGCAACCACAUCAACUCCAGUGAUAAACCCAAACAACAUGUCAUCACCAAUCUUUGGUGGUUUAUCUCCAGAAAUGAACGCUCCAUUCAUUGACAAUUCUAAAGCACCACAUUCAAAGGAACAUGUCACAUGCUUUUUACUUUUCUUUUCCUCACUUCUCAUUCUCUCCAUCAUCUCUUAGCAUGUGUAUCAUCAUCUUCAGAAGGCUAAUUACAAUUUUGUCACAAGUCAAACAAUGGAUAUAACAUUAUCAACAAGUUAAGCAUGGAUGGAUAUGGCUAUCUAGAGAAAUGCACAGCUAGGCCUUUGAUUAUCAUGACUAGAUUCUUGGAAACAACUUAUAAAUCAUUUUAUUUAAUUUAGUUUCUCCUAUGUCAAUUGUAUUACUACCAAUUAAAAAGUUGGAUCAAGUUAUCCAAAUAAGAUAGUAAAAAAUGAUCUCAUUCCAAUUUUAUCGUCAA